AUGGAAGAUAUUGAAUUACCCAAGAAUAAAAAUAAGACAAAGUCUCGUAAGGGAUGUCUUACAUGCAAGAGAAAGAGACUCAAGUGUGAUGAAACCAAGCCAACAUGUUUAAAUUGCGCAAAAAAGAAAGUUAUUUGUGGAGGUUAUGCUACUAAAUAUAAAUGGAAAUCCUUUAAUGAUGAUCCUACUUCUAGUUCAAUUCAAGAUGAACCAUCACAACAUGCGCCAAAAAUGAAAAGACUGGCUUCGCAAGGGCCAACAUUGAAGGAGCAAAAUAAACCUGGGAGAUCUGAACCUCUUCAACAAUCUUUAAGCUUAGAUGGCGAGUUAGCACGAUUGAACCAGAACAUAAUGGUCGCAUCUCCGCAAAGCGUAACAUCAACUUUUUCCAAAUCAAAUAUAGGAUCAAAAUCACCUCUGUUUAUUAAGCAAGAAAACUCAGACGAUUUGUUGAACAAACAUCUUGAACUUGCAUCUCUUUCGGUGACAGGGAAAUCUGUUCAAGAUAUAAAGAUAGAGAAUGAAAUGAUCUCUAGAGGUCUUAAUCCUAACACAUAUCCUAGAGAUUUCGAUGUAAUUCCUUCAAAGAAGACAAAGAGAAGCUAUAGUUGUGAUCUUGAAGAAUUUCUGAACCUGGAAGUUUCAAUAUCUGGAGAUUCAUCUAGCAGACCCGCUAAAAAACUGCGUUCACACAGUACAAAUAGUGUCGCUAGCAUGUACGAUAUUACUCAGUAUAGGAACUCUGUACGAAAUGUUACAAAUAAUGGCUUGGAUUCAUUGGCAGAAGUUGCAGUGGAUGAGAUUAGAGGUAGGUCUCCUUCUGCACCACCCACAGAAUAUCUCCGGAAACAGUCAUCUCAGGCCAGUCCCGUUUCACACCAAAGCCCCUUUUCUCCAAAUUUCUCAGAUUUUCUCAAUACUCACCAUGCAAUUAGUUCAUCUUCCGAUAUGAACAUGCAAGCACCAGUUUCGACUAACAUGAACCAAUUGCAUACCAUUAGCAAACAGAUUGCAACGAGAGAAAAAGAUCAUUUCAGCGUUGGUCCAGGCGAUUUAAACUUAACUCCUUCUCUUUCUGCAUUGAUCAACUAUGCCUUCACGAAUGAACAACGUGAAAUGAUUGACCCAAAGUUGAAUGCAUUAUUUGACAUACCAUUAAGUCCUUUAAAUUUAAACAGACCUAGUCCAUAUCCACUGUCAUUCGAAGAGGAGAGCAUGCAAGAUCAAUCCACAGUAGGCGAUGGUGAUCAAAAUAAUAAUUCCAAUAAUAAUAACAAUAAUAAUAACAAUACUAAUUACAAUUUCCAUGGGAAGAAGUUACUUCAUGGCAAUAGUAAUUUCAUGAACGAUUUUUCAAGCAGAGGAAAUUCACCAAUAGAUUUUGCUCAAUCGCCAGCUGUGACUAAGUUCGACUCUAACCAAGGAUUCUUGAAAUCAGCAGAACACGAGCAAAUUUUACUUCUUUAUUCACAAUACACUUGUCUGAUCAUGUCGAUCAAGAAUGGACCAGGAGAAAAUCCAUGGAGAAGUGUUGUCAUCCCACUAGCUAGUAAUUAUUCAUGUCUUUUCAAUUCCAUUGCAGCUAUGACUCUUUUCCAUUUAGCGGGCAGCAAUUCCCAAAAUAGUCAGACAUUAAGAUCCAGAGGGUAUUCUUAUAUGAAGAAAUGUAUUCUUGAAUUGGCUAGUGGAUUGACAAAAAUGAGUGAUAAGAAAUAUAUUACUGAGAACGACUCAACUGAGCUCCCAUCUGACAUUGCGUUGACAACAUGUUUGAAUUUGGCUGUUAGUGAAUGUUGGGAUAGACACACAUCUAGUGGAAUUGCACAUUUAAAAGGAGCUAAAAGUAUGAUUCAUAGAGUCUUAAACCUUUUGAGAAAUCAACAACUCAACAUGUGGAAUAAUAAUAGUUCCAAACCGGUGGAACUUGCAGCAGUAGAAGGAGCCAAUGGGAAAGGAUCUGCUCUUGAGAGGACUGAACUUCAAAAGAAAUUGGUCACAGUUGAUGAAGGUGAAUGGGAAAGAAUCAUACAGGAAAAGAAAGAAGAUAUGCAAAAUGGUACUGAAUCUAGCAAAAGUAGUAACAAUACCCUCAAUGGUGAAACUACCAUAUCUAUUCCUAGAAACUUGCAAUUUCUUUUCAAUGCAUGGAUUUACUUUGAAGUUUUGGCGCAAAUGACAACUGAUUUUAAUCAAGAUGAAAAAGGUAUAGAUUUGGUUGCCACUAUUACCACCAUUUGUGAAGACAACAAGAAGAAGAAAUCCGAAAAGAAGCGUAAGUUAAGUAGUAAUUCAAGCGAAACUCAAUCUGUCAAGUCUCCGAACAGUGUUAAGCUGGAUUCCAGCGAGCUGUCGUAUUGUGGGUCAAUCAAUAACAGUGACCAUACAUCCGAAAAGAAACUGAAACAAGGUUUCAACAUUUUUGAUCAUUUCGAGACGUUUGCAUUCAACAAUGAAAAUGUUGAUCCAUUAUUGGGAUGUGCACAAUCAUUAUUUCUGAUAAUGGGGAGAACUGCCACCCUUAUUUCCAAAAUUAGACGUGAAGAAGUUGAAAAAAAGGGUUAUAAGAAAAAAAGAACCGGGCAUAGAAAUAGUCUUUCAACCAUUACUCUUGCUACUCUGUUAAAGCAACAACUUAUGGAUUGGAAACCAACGAUUUCUACCAAUAUGAUCAACCAAAAAAAUUUGGCAGAUAACAACGAGGAAAAAUCAACAUCAACAUGGGAUAUGUCUUCAUGUAUUGCCACAGCUGAAGCCUACAGAUACUCCACGUUAUUGUAUUUACAUCAGGCAGUUCCUGAAAUUCCCACAUUGUCAUCCCAUCAAUAUGCAGAAAAAGUGUUCAUUUUACUUGCAUCAAUUCCAUUGACAUCAAAUAUUCAUGUAGUUCAUAUUUUUCCUUUACUUGUAGCUUCCUGUGAAGCUGAAGUUGGAGAAGAACGUGAGUGGUGUAUUUCUCGCUGGUCGAUUUUAUCUGAAAAGAUGUGGAUUGGGAACAUUGAUAGGGCGUUGGAGGUAGUCAAGGAAGUUUGGAGAAGAAAAGACGAAGAAACAAAUCGCCGGAAAAGACAAGAAGUUGAAGAGACUUCGUUUAACAUUGCACGUGGAGAGACUAAUGUUGAAAAAUUAACAACUAUCAAUGUCCAACUUAGCGGACUUAUGGCAGCUAUUAACCAGGAUGGAGGAAUGGAAGAUGCCCAAGGAGGGAUUUCGAGUAGAAUGCAUUGGAGUUCAGUUAUGAAAGAAUGGGGAUGGGAAGUUCUUUUAGCAUGA